UUGUCCUUCACGUGUCACUUGUGUCAGUGCGCCGAGUGGGCGAGCCAGCAUCGCGCACGAAAUUUGUCUUUUUUUUUUUUUUGUUUUGUUUUUUUUUUGAAACACUGACACGCGUUGAAGUGGCUGCAGACUGACGUUGACGGCUGUCGCUCUUGUGCUCCUUUCGCAGCUGAAAAGCGGAACUCUGACCGAGCGCGAGUCAUGGCCGCGGCAGAGGGGAGAAGCGCCGGCGGAGACCUGGACCCCGGCAGCGGCAAUUUAAGGCCCUCGACCGCCACCUACGAAUAUGCGUGGAUGCAUGGCUGUACACGGAAACUGGGCAUGAGGAUCUGCGGCUUCCUGCAGAAGAACAACAGCCUGGAGGAGAAAGGAAGGCUGGCGCAGAAGAAGCUGCUCUCCUGCGACAACAGCGACAGGGACGCCCGCUUCCGACGCACCGAGACCGACUUCUCCAACCUGUUCGCCCGAGACUUGUUGCCUGCCAAGAAUGGAGAAGAAGCCACGAUGCAGUUUUUACUGGAGGUGGUUGACAUCCUGACCAACUACGUGAAGAAGACCUUCGAGCGCUCCACCAAGGUUCUGGACUUCCACCACCCUCACCAGCUGCUGGAGGGCAUGGAGGGCUUCAACCUGGAGCUGUCCGACCAGCCCGAGUCUCUGGAGCAGAUCCUGGUGGACUGCAGGGACACCCUCAAAUACGGAGUCCGCACAGGUCACCCUCGCUUCUUCAACCAGUUGUCGUCGGGUUUGGACAUCAUCGGCCUGGCGGGCGAGUGGCUCACGUCCACGGCCAACACCAACAUGUUCACCUACGAGAUCGCACCCGUGUUUGUUUUAAUGGAGCAGCUGACCCUGAAGAAGAUGCGCGAGAUGAUCGGCUGGCCCGGCGGCGAGGGGGACGGCCUCUUCUCGCCAGGGGGCGCUAUUUCUAACAUGUACAGCGUGAUGAUCGCACGUUACAAGUAUUUCCCCGAGGUCAAGACCAAAGGGAUGUCUGCCGCUCCUCGAUUGGUUCUCUUCACGUCGGAACACAGUCACUACUCCAUUAAGAAGGCGGGCGCCGCUCUGGGUUUCGGUACCGAGAACGUCAUUCUGCUGAGCACGGACGAGAGGGGGAGGGUCAUUCCUGCCGACCUGGAGGCGAAGAUCAUUGACGCCAAGCAGAAGGGCUACGUGCCGUUAUUUGUCAACGCCACCGGCGGCUCCACCGUCUACGGCGCCUUCGACCCCAUCAACGAGAUUGCUGACAUUUGCGAGAAGUACGACCUGUGGCUGCACGUUGACGGAGCGUGGGGCGGCGGUCUGCUGAUGUCCAGGAAGCACCGCCAUAAGCUCAACGGAAUUGAGAGGGCCAACUCCGUCACUUGGAACCCCCACAAGAUGAUGGGCGUCCCCCUGCAGUGUUCCGCCAUCCUGGUCAGAGAGAAGGGGCUGAUGGGGGGCUGCAACUCCAUGUGUGCCGGCUAUUUGUUCCAACAAGACAAGCAGUACGACGUCACGUACGACACCGGCGACAAAGCCAUUCAGUGCGGCCGCCAUGUCGACAUAUUCAAGUUCUGGCUCAUGUGGAAGCCAAAGGGCACCGUUGGCUUCGAGCAGCACAUAGACAGGUGCUUGGAUCUGUCUCAGUAUCUGUACAACAAGAUCAAGAACAGGGAGGGAUACGAGAUGGUGUUCGACGGCGUGCCUCAGCACACCAACGUUUGCUUCUGGUACAUCCCGCCCAGCCUCAGAGGAGUUCCUGACAGCGAGGAGCGACGGGAGAAGCUCCACAGGGUUGCACCGAAGAUCAAGGCCAUGAUGAUGGAGUCGGGAACCACCAUGGUGGGCUACCAGCCUCAGGGAAACAAAGUCAACUUCUUCCGAAUGGUCGUGUCCAAUCACGCGGCGACCCGAUCCGACAUCGACUUCCUCAUCGAGGAGAUCGAGAGGCUGGGUCGUGACCUGUAGACCGACCUGCAGUCUUCUUUCUACGUGUUCCCCCUCCGAGGAGAGACCCAACAAUAAGACGGCAAGGACCCCCCCCCCACCCCCCCCCCCAAUCCUAAUGUGCACACAUUCGUCCCCCUUUAGCUCGAUGGCAACAUGUUGCAGGUACGUGGUGGCCGCGUCCUGCCGGGAAUUCUCGUCGUGCGUGCGUUCAAUCGUGUAUCAUUUCGCGUCGUGCGUUUUUCUGUGGGUGUGCGCCAAAAGCAGCCGAGCACGCUUCAAAACCUGACGAGGGUCAGCACAUUUUUUUUUUUCUUUUUUUUUCUGGACACAACCGUGCGUGUAUUUACAAUACUCACUGGAUAAGUAUUUUAGGCAUGCCAUUUACUCAAGAUAAGCUCGUAAAUAUAAGUGUGAAAUCUCCGGAGGAAGCGCGUUCUGUUCCGUUCCGUUGCCGUCUUUGAUUUGUGUUCGUGUGUGAUUCCCAUUUCGUUUACGUGUUCUGAAAAAGUAUUUAGUCACAUAUAGAAAAUGUUGAAUUUUCAAUGUAUGCAGAUUCAGGUAUUUUAACGUGGUGAUUAUUUGUAUGAUGUAAAUCGUGGGUCAUUGAAAUAUUUGUCGGCCAAAGAAUCGAGCGGAAAUUGUGCGCGUCGUUAUUCCUCCUCAUUAAUAUUUCGCUGCGUGUGAGACGCGUGAAACGUCAACUUUCGAUCGAUUUCCGUGACUGGGAGUCUUUGAUUGCAAGGAAAUUGCAUUGGAGUGGGAGAAUGGAGUUGGGCGCACUUACCGUAAUAUAGUUCUAUUUAUUGUCACACGUAUUCAAUGUAUUUCCGCUAUUAUGGGAGCUCGACUGAGGAGUCCCCCUUUGUGUCUUUGCACUAGUUUCGCGUUUCUUUCCUCCAUUGUGAAUGAUGUAAAAGGCAGUAUCGUAUAAAGAUAUUGACGAAACGCGGACGGGAACCGGGGACCAUAAUGCGAAUCGAACAAUUGCAUAAAGGAUAUUGAAACAGAUCAGCUGCUGUAUGGGACCAGGAUGGUUUCGCGAAGGAAUGUUUACCAAGAGAUUAUCUGGAGGCACUUUAACAAAAGAAAUGAAACGGGAAGAAAAGAACAGAG